CGGCGUCGAAGAUGGCGCGCCCUGCGUGCGUGCCUCGCAGUUCUGCAACCGCGGGCGCCACUGCCGCAACGGAUACGACGAGUCCCGCGAGGCCUGUGGGUGCAGAAUCGGGUACUUUCAAUGUUUAUUAUCGAAGAUGUGCAUCCGAGAAGAAUUGCGGUGCGACGGACGGCAGCACUGCGAUGACGACUCCGACGAGACUUAUUGCGAUGGAACAAAGUGGACAUAUGGCAAUAAAACCUGCCCAGAAGUUGAGACAACCUCGACAGCUCCGUUAGUGCCCGAAAAUAAUGGUUGUGGUGUUCACCACGAGUGUGGUGAUGGUUCCUGCGUGAGCCGCUACGAAGUUUGUGACGGCAUCAAGAACUGUUGUGAUGGCAGCGACGAGCGCAACUGCUCUUGCAGAGCAGGCAAACGAGCCUGUGGUAUUAAUAAAAGCAGUUUGCCGGGGGAAACGGACUGUGUACGUACAAUCCAGUUCUGCGAUGGUAGCAGACACUGCCGAAACGGAUACGACGAAUCCAUGGAGGCCUGCGGUUGCGGCGAAGGUUUCUUCCAGUGCUCGCUGUCCAAGCGCUGUGUGGAAGUAGAUUUCCUGUGUGACGGACGCGAAGAUUGUGACGAUGGUUCUGAUGAAAAAUCUUGCGGUUGCGGAAUUCACCACGAGUGUGGCGAUGGUUCUUGCGUGAGCCGCUACGAAGUCUGCGACGGCAUCAAGAACUGUUGUGAUGGCAGCGACGAACGCAACUGCUCGUGCGGUGACAAAAAAAGAAUGUGUGGCGUCGAAGACUUUACAAUGUCCAAAGGAAAAGGAUGUUUCCUGUUCUCCGAGUUCUGCGACGGCAAUCGUAAAUGCCGCAACGGCUACGAUGAGUCUAGGAGAGCUUGUGGUUGCGGGGAAGGUUAUUUUCAUUGUUCAAUGUCUAAGCUCUGCAUAAACGAGACGCUGCGAUGUAACGGAUGCCGUGACUGUGGUGAUGACGAUGGUUCCGAUGAAGAAUAUUGUAGCCCAGGAAAAACUAAAAUUCAAAUUUUGUGCUCCGAAAACGAGAAGGAUGUUGAAAUGCUCUCCACCACCCAACCCAUAGCAUGCGGUGAUCACCACACUUGCGGAGACGGUCGCUGCAUCAGCAAGCACGAGGUAUGCGACGGCAGCUCCGACUGUGAGGAUGGGAGCGACGAAAGCAACUGCUCGUGUCCUGCUGGGAAGCGGGCGUGCGGCGUCGAAGAUGGCGCGCCCUGCGUGCGUGCCUCGCAGUUCUGCGACGGGGGGCGCCAAUGA